GUGGAAUCAGUGUAGCUUUUAUGAGAUGAAGUGACUAAACACUGCAUGAGUAUUAACUAGUAAAACUCUGGCCCGGAAACAAAUGUGAAUUAUAAUUUUUCUACAUUUAUUUUUCGUUCAACACAGUUGUCGAUAUGCUUGCGGUUUUCGUGUUAUCCCUAGUUACCUUCGUUCGUGGUAACAAUUUCAAAAAUAUUUUAUCGAGUAGAGUUCACACUUACUUGAGAGAUCAAUACAAAGACAACCCGACCAAAUGUGAAUGCAUGAUCGAGUACUUCCGGCUUAUUAACAUUUGGGAAAAGUUCUACAGUGAAGACAUUCUGGGCGAACAACGAAAUUUAGUUCGAGAUCUUCGACCGUAUAUCGAGGACGCCGAUGGAAAAUGCACUGUCGUCGCUUUCUAUGAAAGUCCUUGGGGCAUUUUUGUGACGGUUUUGGCGGUUAUCUUUGCAGCAGUGAUUGCUAUUUUCAUUUAUCCACGCAACAAAAGGAAAAAGAACAAUAAAUCUGUUAAAUCUGCUCAGCGAUCGAAAUUUCGAAAGCCCAAACCCCCCAAACCCAAACAAAUGCUCUACUAUCAACUGACCUUGUAAAUGUAUG